AUGGAACAUAUAUAUAUAUAUGGUAGUGGUAGUGGUGUUAAUAAUGGUAAAGAUAUGAUGGAUAUUAUAAAUACUACAAAAACUCACUGUGGAAUUAAACCAUCACCUAGAUAUAUUCACACAACGGUCUUAACACAAGAUGGUCUUAUUAUUAUUUAUGGAGGAAGCGAUAGGAGAUACUAUCCUGUUCCCAAUCAAAUAUCGGUUUUAGAUACCAAUGUAACCCCUUUUAAUUGGUCCACUCCUAGUAAAAUCAAUACUGCACCUAGCUCUGCGCCAUUCGGUGGACAUACGGCUACUCUUGUUGGAAAUUAUAUGAUUGCAUUUGUUUAUCCAACUAAAUCGCAUGGAAUAGCUCAUGCAGCAAUAAUAGGUGGAACAACUGGUGGUAUUGCAACUAUAAUAAUUACUAUAUCUGUUAGUUACUUAUUAUAUCGUAGAAAGAGAACUGUUAUAUAUGCUCCCCAAGCUAAACAUGCAAUUAACUGUUAAGUUUUAUAGAAUGUUAGAUGGGCGAUAAAAUACACAUAUCACAUGAUUACAUGAACAUACUAUUUAUGACCAGACAUCCUAAUUUGCUUCUAAUCUAUAAUAGUAAUUGUUU